CUCAGCAAGGCGGUGAGGGAGGUUCGGCGCAGGCUGGCGGCCUGCAAGACGGGAUCCGGAGCGUCGGAGUCGCCCGGAGGCGCCUGGAGAGACAAACCGGCGUCAUCCGGGACGCUCCUGGGCUCCGGAGAGGAGGAAGAGGAGGAGGAAGAGGAGGAAUUUCUCCUGUUUGGCUGUCACGACCUUCCGGCUGAACUGCAGGAGCAAGCGAGCGCCGAGCGGGAAGGCGACUUCUGCUGCAGGAUUGAGCUGGAAAAGCUUGGCGGCGGCUCCGGGAAGGAUCCGAAGUCGCCCGGCUCCCGAGUGUCCCUCGAGCUCUGGGCUGGAGUGGACGAGGAGGAAAGGAAGAAGCAGCGCCAACGGGAAUUCCUGCGAUUCCGGCGCCUUUUCAUGGACCUGGAGCGGGAGCAAGUGCGGGAGCAGCAGCGGCACAAGGAGCGGCAGAAGAGAGUCGCCAAGAUCAAGAGCGCCAAGGAGAGCGAGCGGCGCGCCGAGGAGCGGAGGCUGCGGGAGGAGGCUCCGGAGCAGGAUCCGGAAAGGGCCUGCGAGAUCCUGGCGCGCCUGGAGCUGGACGAGCGGCGGCUCCGCGAGACGCGGGAGGAGCGGCGGCGGACGUGGGGUGGUCGCGGAUCGGGGUGGUGUCCCCGAUCCGGGGCACAUCCCGCGUCCUUGCGCCGGCAGAGCCAGCUGCACCUCAACUGCUCCAACGGCUCCAACGGCACCGGCGACUGCAGCUGGGCGCCCUUCGACGGGGACAACUACAAGGAGCUGUUCGGCGCCCUGGAUAACGCCUUCCUGGUGGCCUACGCCGUGGGAAUGUUCAUCAGCGGGAUCUUCGGCGAGCGGCUGCCCCUGCGCUACUACCUCUCCAGCGGGAUGCUGCUCAGCGGCCUCUUCACGGCGCUCUUCGGCCUCGGAUACUUCUGGAAUAUCCAUGUGCUCUGGUACUACAUCGUCAUGCAGAUCUGCAACGGUUUGGUGCAGACGACGGGCUGGCCGGCCGUGGUGGCGUGCGUGGGGAAUUGGUUCGGGAAGGGCAAGAGAGGGCUCAUCAUGGGCGUCUGGAAUUCCCACACGUCCGUGGGGAACAUCGUGGGCUCCCUCCUCGCCGGCGUGUGGGUCUCCUCCGUCUGGGGCCUCUCAUUUGUGGUGCCUGGAAUCGUCAUCGCCUCCGUGGGCAUCGUCUGCUUCUUCUUCCUCGUGGAGCGCGGCAUCUUGGGCGGCAUCGUCGCCGGCCUCGUCUCCGACUACACGGGCGGCCGGGCCACCACGUGCUGCGUCAUGCUGGUCCUCGCCGCUCCCAUGCUCUUCCUCUACAACCACAUCGGCCAGAACGGCAUCGGCACGUCCAUAGCCAUGCUCAUCGUGUGCGGCGGGCUGGUCAACGGACCCUACGCCCUCAUCACCACGGCCGUCUCGGCCGACUUGGGAACGCACGAGAGCCUCCAAGGCAACGCCAAGGCCCUCUCCACCGUCACGGCCAUCAUCGACGGCACGGGCUCCAUAGGCGCCGCGUUGGGGCCCUUGCUGGCCGGCCUCAUCUCGCCCACGGGAUGGAACAACGUCUUCUACAUGCUCAUCACGGCCGACGUCCUGGCGUGCCUGCUCCUCUCGCGCGUGGUGCUCAAGGAGACCCGCGGAUGGUGCGGAUCCAUGGCGAGGAAGCGCGGGUAG